AUGAGCACAUGCACGUUCGACCCGCCGCGCCGCAUGCGGAGCUCGGCCAUCGUGCGCAUCGUGUCUACGUACAACUCGACGGUGGGCCACACGGGCGUGAUGAGUCUCUUGUACAUUGCCCUGGCCGACGCCAAACCUUCGUCCGACCUGACUGUCCAAAGCCAAGCCGUUGUCGAGUCGGCCGGGGGCAGCGCGUGGGUUCUAGGCGGAGGCAUUGCGGUGGCCGUGGCGGUUGUGGCCGGCAUCGUCUUUGCAGUGUACCAGCGCCAGGCGGCGCGCGCCGGCUACGACAAGGUGACAGAGGCCACCCCCGUGACGAAUUAA